CGAUAUUUAGCAAACUAGAAAAUUAAGGGGAAAAGUAAAACAAAAAUAAAUGAAAAAAGAGGAGAAAAAUGAAGAAACAGGCGAGGCGAGGGGGUUGGGGGAAGGUGAAGGCUCCUUCCGUCUCUGUCCGACUGAGCAUAUCUGAGAUAACGAAGCCGGCCGAGGCCCCGUCUCGCCAUGGCCGACUCCGACGACAAGGACCAAUUUGUGGCGACUGUCUCGGAGGAUCAUGAGACGACUUGUUGGGGGUGUGGUUUGCGCCUAAUUCUUCCAUCCUAUGCACCGGUUUUCAAGUGCGGUUGGUGCGGAGCAGUGACGAACCAGAACGAUAAAAAGCGUGAAAACAAAUGGUUCUGGUGGAAACGCUUGAGAGACCGAUGCUUCGUAUGUGUCCUUCUUGGCUUCAUGCUCUUGGUAAUAGGUGGUGGGUUGUGGGCUGUGCUCCCAAUUCUUUUCGCCAACGGCCUAUUUGCUGGUGUUCUUCACUCGUUUAUAGCAGCUGUAUUGUCUCUGAGCACUCUUUCAACAUUCGUUCUUGCUUCCUUUGGGUGUGCUGGCACACCACCUAUCAUAGAUUGGGGGAGCUAUCCAGCUGUGGGGAAAGGUCACCUUGAGAACUACACCUUCUGUCAUGAUUGUUCAAAGCCCAAAUCACCGAGGAGUCAUCAUUGUCGCUCUUGUGGAAUAUGUAUCCUGGACAUGGAUCACCACUGCCCCUUUAUAGGAAACUGCGUAGGUGCAGCAAACCACCGGCACUUCAUCUUGUUCCUCAUCUCAGCUGUGACCAGCAUGUUAUAUGUUGCAUUCAUGUCAGCUUACGUGGGAUCCCUGAUAUGGCCGCCAUUAACUUACAAACAACCCCUAGGGUCAUUGAGCGGGGUAAACAGCGAUCUAGCUUGGAGAACACUGAGAGAGAUUUUCCUAGCCCUGCUGAACUCAGCUUUGCUUCUGUCAUCAAGAGGGCUGGUGCUGAUGUAUCUCUUCUUUGCCAGUAUAUCAGUGCAGAUAGGGCUAAGUGUGCUUCUCUGGCAGCAACUCUCUUACAUAUACGAAGGGAAGACUUAUCUAAGCCAUUUAAGGACUGCUCCAGACGAGGUCGUGGAGAAAGACUGCAAGAACAUUCUGCGGUUCUUCGGGUGCCCAUAUUCGGUGUCGAGAUUCUUGCCCAGCGUGAGUGAUUCUCAAAAGAGGCACAAGAAAUGAAUGCUGAUUGUGGUUAUUUUUACAAUGAGUGAUCAAUCACCGAAGUAGAGAUAAACCCUGACCAUCAUGACCACCGGCUUAACCAUGACAGGAACAGAUACGUCAUUGUUUCUUCUUUUCUUUUGGGAGAAGGAUUGCUCAUCCUUGUUAUGUAUUUGUUUCACGCGACUCCUCGCAGUUGUAUAAUUAUAAUGUAUGAUAUACAGAAAAUUGUUGAGAAAAAAGAGGGGGAAAAGAGAAGGAUAUACUCACAUUAAGGGCACUGAAUUUUGUUUAAAUAUACAAGUGUCUUGGGUGACUAGUUCAUGUUAAAGACGUCUUAACCCUAAUGAAUGCUAUAAUACUAACCGAAUUGUAUUUGGUCCCUGGGAUUUUGAUCGCUCGCAUUUGGUUUGAGAUUCGAUUGAUAUUGAUGGGGAAGUCGGUG